AUUUAAAAGUUUGACAGAAAAAAAACUGCGCCUCAGCGUAACUAGUUAAAUGUGGUGAGCACAGUGUCGCUGCAGCUGUUAAGAGCGAGUCAGAUUUUCCAAUAGCUCGUUUAUGAACGACACACGAGAACAUACUGUUCUGUUUGCAGAUCUACAAUAAUCUCCAAGGAUACAAUGAGAUAUACCUGCCUUGUCCUGCUGUUUGUCUGGUACCCUGUGGGCAGUGUAGUGUCGGAACCUGAGCUGAUGGACUCGGACUGGGGCUCUGGUUUACACGAGCUCCUACACAGCUUUCCUGCAGAUAGUCCUUUUGUCACAGAGACGCUUGGCAGGCCAGCCAACUGCACUCAACGUUUUUGGCUGCCUCCAUCCUCCCCUGUGUGCUGGGAUGAUAUAGCAGGCCCAGAGGAGUUUGAGAAGUCACGCCUUCUUGUGCUGCAAAACAGGGCAGCGCUGCAGGCUGUGUCCAGAUCUAGUGGUCUUGAAGAAGGGGGAGCUUCCUAUGAUCAACAAGCUAGGGAGGAUGUGCAGGGUGUCCGGGCAGAUCAUCUCAUCAUGACCCAGACUGCUGAUACAAUGCAGAAGGUAUUCAGGGACUUGGAUGAAAAGAGGAAGGAUGGAAAAGAACAGUAUACCUUCUCUAGUCUUAAGGAGCGACUUGAAAACACAAAAGACUCCAUUGCUAACAGGGAACAGGUAGCAGCACUUCUGGAGAAACAUCUUGCCAAACUUGAGAAUUCCUUGCACACUAUGCAACUUCGACUGACAAAACUAGCACCCCAGUGAUUCAGACUGAACCAGACAGCCACAUGUUGCACACAUGUGGACAAUAAAUCAAUGCAUGAAAUAUAAUUUUUCUGUCAAAUGUAUGUUUCACUAAAAGGAGAAACACUUGAAUGAUGGUAUACUGCAUGCUUACAGCACCCUUUCCUAAUCUAUAUUGGUACAUGUUUACAGCAUUUCAGACUCUCAAUUAAGGAAAUUAGUUAAGUAUUAGGUUCUAAUAUUAGGUAAUAAAUCUAUUAACUAAUACGACUGGCUGCAUAACAUUCCAUUAAAAUGUUGGGUACAUUUGUAUCAUUCUCAGUGUGUUUUGACUGUUUAAUAAUAUAUUGUAAAUGUCCAUUUAAAGGGAUAGUUCACCCUCAUACCAUCCCAGACAUGUAUGACUUUCUUUCUUCUGCUGAACACAAAUGAA